CCUGUCACUAUGGCUCUUACACUGUCGAUUUUGCUGGUAUGCACCGGAGUCGUUCUGGGAUCCGUCCAUCCUCCAACAUAUGGCCAUCACCCACAGCCCGCUUACGGUCAUCAUGCACCUGCUUACGGCCACCAGCAUGCCUAUGACAACGGUUACUGCGACCCAACUGUUGUCCCAGCAUGCGCUGCCAAUUCCACACUCUCCUACUGUUUGGAAGAUACUGAGUAUCCGGAAUAUGAGGUCAAGGCUGCCAUCACUGCCGAUCAUCUGUUCGCCAAGAAGUACGCUGACGUCGCCGACCAGUCUGCUGAUGACCUGGUAGACAUGGUUAGCAAGGACCAGGAGGAGGCCUUCGACUACUCUUACUACACUGGAGCCUCCACUGGGGACUCUCCCUACGAUGCCACCCACUGGGGUGGUCCUGAGGGUUACAUCUGUCCCUCCGAAGUGGUGUAUGCCAUGCCCAAACGUGCCCAGAAUGUGGACGGCAAGUGGCGCGUCAUUGUCAACGACGUUCACUAUUACAGCCAGACUGCCCGCCUCGAGACUUGUCUGUUCCCAGAGUCUGCUUGCCGAGCCCUUGCUCCUUGCUACCAGAGCCACUGUACCCAGAAGUCAGUGUACCACCGUCUACUAUCCUACGAUCCAUGUGACCCAUAUAAGGGCCUCUUCAUUGAUAUCUACAAGAUGCCAUCUGCCUGCUCCUGCCAUCUUCCCGCCUAACCAGCUCCUCAACGAAUCGCCUCUUCACACAUCAUCUAACACUCCAUGGCCACCAAGGAACCACCGACACCUCCUGUUAGCCCUUACAGCGAAGGAGAACACCCUAUUGUACACGUGACUGGAGAACUGCUUUUUUCACGUACCACCACUAAUCAUGCCAGGAACCGCCGGCACGUUCAGGCUGUUGAUCUGUCUUCCCUCUUCAGCCAUGUAAAAAAUAGAAGCUAGACGUCCAUUAUAAUAUUUUUAUAAACAAAUCAUUUUUGAA